AUGUCCUGCGAAGACCGUCCCGGUGCUGCUGCUUACGCGGACGACUUGAAGGCCUUUAGCAGCACCGUGGACGGCAUCAAGCGACAGCAUGCAGUGGUGCACGACUUCCUACGCUGGACUGGCAUGAAGGCUAACUCGCUGAAGUGCAGCACCAUGUCAGUCCAGCGAGAUGUGCGUGGUCUCCACCAGACCAGCGACCUCGGGCUGCAGCUGAACGGCACCCCGAUCCCCGCGCUCAGCGCCUCCGACUCUUACCAGUACUUGGGGAUCGGGGAUGGCUUCGACCAUGUGCGCCGUCGCGUCGAGCUGGGCCCAGCUAUCGCCCAGCUCAAGCAUGAUGCGACGGCACUGCUGCAGUCCGGGUUGGCGCCGUGGCAGGUGGUCAAGGCGGUCAAGGUGUACCUUUACCCGCGCGUCGAGUACGCCCUCCGGCACUUGCGACCGUUCGCACAGCAGCUGGAGGGCUUCGAUCGCCACCUUGUUCGCGGUCUCCGCCACCUGCUGCGGCUGCCGACUAGCGCUACGACAGCGUUUCUUUACGCUCCUGUUUCUCGUGGAGGUUUGGGGCUUCUGCCCUUGACGGAGCUGCACGGGGCACUUCAAGUGGCGCAUGGGUGGCAGAUGUUGCACUCUUCUGACCCUGCCACCCAGCGCAUUGCCCGCCAGCAGCUCCGUCAAAUUGCAGAGGCCCGCUACAAGUUGGAUGUCGUGCUGUGGAAGGACCGUGAGGAGGAACUGGGCGAGCUCCUUCUCAACAGUAAGCUGGGGGCGUCGGACCCAGCGCCGCCCAAGCGAAGGAAUGCGGACAUUGGGUCGCUGUGGUUCGACGUCCGGGGUCACCUUCACCGCUUCGGCCUCCAGUUUGAGAUGAUGCCAGCGGUGGAGGAGACGGGGACGCCGGCCAAGAGGUUGCAGCUUCGCGUGCCCCACCACGACGGUUGGUUGGACCAUCGGGAUGUCCUUCGGCACGUGAAGCUGCACCUCAAGAACAAGCACUGGAAGCGAUGGGCCGCGAUGAAGGACCAAGGGAAGGCUGCUCGCACCUUUGGUGGUGCUGGCAGCGCCUUCCUCUCGCGGCCCCGUGGUCUUUGGGAGAGCGACUACCGCUUUGCGGUGGGUGGUCGUCUCAACCAGCCGGAUACCCACAGUGUCUUGAAGCGCCGGCGUCUUCGGACGCACGACACGUGUCGAUUCCCUGGCUGCUCAAGGACCGAGACGCUGGCACGUGUGUUGAAUCACUGUGCCGGCACCAUGGAUGCAGUCCGCACCCGCCACGACGACGCUCUGACGAUCAUUGAACGGGCGAUAGCGUCGUCGGCGGGUGAUCGGAAGGAAAGGGUUGAUCUGAGGGUUAACCAAACCGUACCCUCGCUCCCCGGACCUGCUCUGCGGCCGGACUUGCAGGUCUACAACCACACCACACGUUCGGUGUCGGUUGUAGAUCUGGCUGUGGCCUUUGAAGACCAAGCUACAGACGACCCGAGGACGUCGUCGCUCGCGCGGAUUGCUGCGCUCAAGCGCGCCAAGUACGACUGCGUCAAGCGACACCUUGAGCGUCAAGGUUGGACGGUUCAACUUUCGUCGCUCGUCUACGGUUCGCUUGGUGCAGUCGCCGGUGGUAACCUUGCGGUUUACACCGAGCAACUUGGCGUGCUGAAGCGCGAUGCGAAGCGGCUGGACAGGCACCUUUCUGCUGAGUGCAUUAAGUCCAGCCGCCGCAUAUGGAAUCUACAUUGCAGCCAACACCGCGCGAGGCAGCAGGACCAAGGUGAAGUUCAAGGUUCAAGUCGAGACCUGUUCCAAGGACGAAGACAUGGACGCUCAAGACGAGAUGCAAGGGGCAGUCGGGUGACGGAGACCGGGGGGGGACUCCGUCCCAUCGAGGCCGCCGCUAGUCGGAACUCGGGCCCAUAG